GCCGCAGCUCUGCUUGACCUUCGGUGACGCCGACAACUCCACCGGCGGAUAUUAUGGCGAGAGAGAUCUAGCAGGACUUGAGGGGGCUCAAAUGGAUUUGGCUCGCUCAGAGUCGCCUGGUUUUUUUUUGCAGUUGUGCGGUGGCCCCGUACUCUGCGACUACAUAUGCUGGGCAGGUGUGGCCAACGUGGAUAAUCGAUGUCGCGCCGGUGCCGCCAAAGCACCGCGUCGCGGAGCGAGCACGCUUCGUCGCGUGUGCCUCGCUGUCUCCGGUGCCCCUGGUGGAUCUUUCGACUGAUGUGCCCAUACCCGGAGGUGCACAACCCGAAAUGACUAGCUAGGACUUGUGAGGUGCACGGAUAUCCCGGCCCGAUCGCACUCCAUCACUGCUCAUAAAAGUCGGGACGAGAUCUCGAGAUUGCUGUAUCCUCCGCUGCUCCUCUGGUCCAACCCAUUGCUCGUCAGCAUGACCGGCGUCGUUCGUCCACUUGUGCCUGGUAUCUAUGCUCCCCUUCCGACGUUCUUCAAGGCCGACUCGGAAGACCUUGAUAUCCAGUUUCAGACUGCUCAUGCCAUCCGUCUCAUCAAGGCGGGCGUGAAGCCCCUGCUCAGUGGAACAAUGGGAGAGGCACACCACCUGUCUCACGAUGAGCGCGUCACGCUCAUCAAAGCGGUCCGGACGGCGCUGGACGAGGCAGGCUACACAGACGUCCCAAUUAUCGCUGGGACCGGCUCGGGCAGCACUCGGGAGACGAUUCAGCUCUCAAAGGAGGCGGCAGAGGCCGGCGCGGACUACUCCAUCGUCAUCCUGAGCGGUUAUUUUGCGGGCGCGCUCGCGAACAACAGGAAGGCUCUCAAGGCAUUCUGGUCGGAGGUCGCCGAGCAGAGUCCUAUACCCGUGAUCAUCUACAACUACCCCGGUGCUGCCGGUGGCAUCGACUUGGACUCGGACCUAAUUGUGGACCUGGCUGAGAGCUCUCCCAACUUGGCUGGUGUCAAACUCACCUGCGGUAACGUCGGAAAGCUCACACGCAUCAGCGCAACGGUCUCGGAACCUUCUUUCGCCCAGACUCACCCCCGCAAGAAUCCUCACGCGCCUUUCCUUGUUCUUGGCGGUUUCACCGACUUCAUCCUCACCUCCUCGAUAGUGAACGGUCAUGGCGCGAUUACAGGUCUUGCGAACGUUGCACCGUUCACUGUUUACAAAUUGUUCGAGAUCUCGGAGAAGGCCAAGGUCGACCCUUCCGUACUUCCGGAUGCGCAGCGGCUGCAGGGAAUCGUCGCGCGUGCGGAUUUCACCAUCGCGAAGGCAGGAAUCGCGGGAACCAAAGGCCUACUGGAGAAACUGUAUGGGUACGGCGGUAGCCCCCGCAAGCCCCUGCCGCCUAUCGAGCCAGACGCAUUGACGGCUCUCUGGGAGCACCCACAUACGCAGGAGCUGAUUGCGGUGGAGCGGGAGCUGAGCGGGAAGGCGUAGAAAGCGUAAGCAAGGAUGGUCCGACUCUGUAUUAUGGGGCACGCGUAGACUUGAUUCGGCCGUAUACUUCUCUGCGGGUGCGUGAGAGCGAGGGCGUAUGGCCAUGGGUAUCUGGAGGUGCUCUCGCCGGGUGUAGACUGCGGGGUAAUGUGGGGUAAACCGCCCGGAUCAACGGGCGACGAUCAAGCCGCCGCCGCCGUGUGGGGAAAUACGCUGCCGCGCGAAGCGACGACGUCGGACAGGAUGUGGGCAUGUCCUGCCCUGGAAGGUGCUGUCUGGGCUCACGACGGUCAGAUGGCUGGGUAUACCUGUGUGACUGGAAGCUCUGGCGUACCUUCGGCGGUCAAGUGACUGCCCUUCCCAACCAAUCGAUCGGUUACAGCGCGCACUGCAACGCGGGCACCGAGCUGGCGACGCUGAGCAUCGCGACUACUAUACCCCCUCCACUCAGAGUCCCUUCUGUGCACUCUCUGUCGACCACCGACAGUCAUGGCGCUCGAAAAGCUCCUCGUCGGUGCUCGGGGGAUUCGCUGCAGGGGCCUGUAUAUCCAAGUCACUGCGACCCAAUUUCAAUUCCCGUGCUCCCACCGCUCAUUCCAUACUACUGCCUCGUUUCGGGAUGCUCAGUCUGACCCCAAUACAAAGUCGAGUGGUGGCGCGAGCCAAUCGAAAGAAGCGCCAGGCAUCCCAUACUCUAGCCUGAGCGUCGGUGUUCCGCUCGAAAUCUACCCCAAUGAGCGACGAGUCGCCCUCACUCCCCAGAACACUGCCCUGCUUCUCAAGAAGGGCUUCGCACAGGUCCUCGUCGAAAAGUCGGCAGGUCUGGAAGCGCAGUUCCUCGACGAACACUACAGGGCCGCAGGGGCAGUCGUCGUCGACAAGAACGAGCUUUUUGAGCGUUCAGAUAUCCUGCUCAAGGUCCGGCCACCAGUGUUCGGCCAAGAGGCGGAGAAGGUCAAGGAAGGAAGCACACUUAUCUCGUUCUUGUACCCCAGCCAAAACAAGCCGAUUGUCGAAGCCUUGGCAGCCCGCAAGGCUAGUGCGUUCGCGAUGGAAAUGAUACCCCGCAUAUCCCGUGCUCAGGUCUUCGAUGCGCUGAGCUCGAUGGCCAACAUCGCGGGCUAUAAAGCGGUCCUUGAGGCGGCCAAUCACUUCGGCCGUUAUUUCACUGGACAGGUUACCGCGGCUGGGUUCAUCCCACCAUGCAAGGUUCUAGUCAUCGGCGCUGGCGUCGCUGGUUUGAGUGCUAUUGCUACGGCUCGACGAAUGGGUGCUAUCGUUCGCGGUUUCGAUACUCGAGCGGCUGCCCGCGAACAGGUCCAGUCUCUCGGCGCGGAGUUUCUAGAGGUAGACAUAGAAGAAUCCGGCGAGGGCGGGGGAGGCUACGCAAAGGAGAUGUCUAAGGAAUUCAUCGAGGCUGAGAUGGCACUAUUCAUGGAACAGUGCAAGGAUGUCGACAUCGUCAUUACUACGGCUCUCAUCCCAGGCAAGCCCGCGCCGAAGCUCAUCACCGAGGAGAUGGUCGCAGCUAUGAAGCAAGGAUCUGUCAUCGUCGAUCUGGCCGCUGAGACCGGAGGGAACUGUGCUGUCACCAAGCCGGGAGAGCUCUACGCCUACAAGGGUGUCACGAUCAUCGGUUACACUGACCUCCCGUCGCGUCUCCCGACCCAGUCGUCUACCCUCUACUCAAACAACGUCACGAAGUUCCUGUUGUCCAUAGGCGAUGGUAAUGGGAGGUUCGCGAUCAACCUCGAGGACGAGGUCGUGCGUGGCGCACUCGUCCUGCAAAAUGGAAACCUUCUCCCUCCGGCCCCUCGUCCAGCUCCUCCCCCGAUCGCUCCCCCGAGUGCCGCGAAGGUCGCGGAGGCCGCUGAGGCGAAGGUGCUGACGCCCUGGCAAAAGGCUACUCGUGAGGUCGCGCUCGUCACGUCCGGCAUGGGCUCCGUUGUCGCACUGGGCAAGCUCACCGGUCCCGCGUUCAUGAGCAACUUCUUCACAUUCGGUCUCGCUGGUCUGAUUGGCUACCGUGUGGUCUGGGGCGUCGCGCCCGCUUUGCACUCCCCUCUGAUGUCGGUGACGAACGCCAUCUCUGGCAUGGUCGGUGUUGGUGGUUUGUUUGUGAUGGGUGGUGGAUAUCUGCCUGCUACGAUCCCUCAGGCCCUCGGUGCUGCAUCUGUUCUGCUGGCAAGCGUAAAUGUCGCUGGUGGAUUCGUGAUCACGAAGCGCAUGCUCGACAUGUUCAAGCGUGCCACGGACCCUCCGGAGUACGCCUGGCUCUACAGCAUUCCCGCAGCCGUUUAUACCUGCGGUUUUCUUUGGGCCGCGAGUACUGGGAUGGCUGGUCUUGUUCAGGCUGGCUACCUCGCUAGCAGCGUGCUCUGCAUCAGCUCUCUCUCAGGUCUAGCAGCACAAUCCACUGCACGUCAGGGUAAUAUCCUCGGUAUGCUCGGUGUUGGCUCCGGUAUCUUGGCUUCCCUUGCCGCAGUUGGCUUCCCUCCCGAGGUGCUAGCGCAAUUUGCGGCCGUUGCUGCUUUCGGCGGCGGUAUGGGAACCAUCAUUGGUCGUCGUAUAACGGCCAUCGAGCUUCCGCAGAUGGUUGCAGCCCUUCACUCCGUCGUCGGUCUCGCGGCCGUCAUGACCUCGAUUGCCAGUGUCCUGGCAGAUCUCUCGCAUGCCACCACACUUCACUUGGUCGCUGCCUACCUGGGCGUCCUCAUCGGUGGGAUCACCUUCACCGGCUCGAUAGUCGCCUUCCUCAAGCUCGCUGGUCGUGUGUCAUCCCGGCCGAUCGCGAUUCCCGGAAAGCACCUCGUAAACUCUUCACUUUUGGCCACUAACCUUGUGUCUAUGGGAGCCUUCGUGACGAUGGCGCCCCAUGCGCCCCUGGUCGCUGCCGGCUUCCUCGGAGCGAACACCUUGCUGAGCUUCAUCAAGGGAUUCACUACCACCGCCGCAAUCGGAGGAGCAGACAUGCCCGUGGUCAUUACCGUGUUGAACGCAUAUUCCGGCUUUGCUUUGGUUGCGGAAGGUUUCAUGCUUGACAACCCGCUUCUGACGACGGUCGGCUCCCUGAUCGGAGUCAGCGGUUCCAUUCUGUCGUACAUUAUGUGUGUGGCCAUGAACCGGACGUUGACGAAUGUUCUGUUCGGAGGCAUUAGUGCACCCGCCGGCCAGCCUGAGCACAAGAUCGAAGGGACCAUCACGAAAACGAGCGUCGAUGACACAGUUGACAGUCUUCUCAAUUCGGAGAAUGUCAUCUUGGUCGUUGGUUACGGUAUGGCUGUUGCCAAGGCGCAAUAUGCAAUCUCGGACGUAGUGCGGAUGCUGAGGAGCAAGGGCAUCAACGUUCGCUUCGCGAUCCACCCCGUCGCCGGAAGAAUGCCGGGGCAGUGCAACGUCCUCCUUGCGGAGGCAUCCGUUCCAUAUGACAUUGUGCUCGAGAUGGACGAGAUCAACGACGACUUUGGCGACACUGACGUGACUCUUGUCAUCGGCGCAAACGACACCGUCAACCCGAUCGCGCUCGAGCCCGGCUCACCUAUUGCAGGCAUGCCUGUCCUCCAUGCCUGGAAGAGCAAGCAGGUGAUCGUUAUGAAGCGCGGCAUGUCCUCCGGAUACGCCGACGUUCCGAACCCGAUGUUCUACAUGCCUGGAACGAAGAUGCUCUUCGGCGACGCGCGAGAGACAUGCGAAGCGAUCAAGAAGGGGCUCGAGGCCAGGCUGGCGUCGUCUUGAAUUGACAGAGCUUGACAAGGAGAGGAACGCAGGGCGAUCUACAAACAAAUUUCCACUGCCGGAACCUUCUAUGGAGGAAUUCGGACGGAUACCGGACGCUGACUACGUGCGUUUACCUGAUCACGCUGUACAUGUUGUAACACUUGCAUUUGAAGUUGUAUGUAUGUA